AUGCCUCACGACGACCUCGCUGCCCGCGUCGAGCGCCUGCGCAGAGAGCUCGAGCGCCUGCAACGGGACGCGGGACACUGGGACAUGCUCGCGCAAGACUUCGAAAGACGCAGCGAGCGUCUCGUGCGCCAAAACCAAGCCCUCGACGCGAGGAUCAGCACCCUGCAACGCCAGGCAAACCAGCGCUAG